AUGCUUCUGUCUUCUUUCGUUGUUGGCUUGCUCGUUCUUCAAGCAGCAGCCGUACCCAUGAAACCCAUGAAACCCAUAUACCCAAAACAAUCCGAUCCUACUAAGCACAAAUCUUCUUCUUGGGAUGCAAUCGGAUGGGCAGAAACAAAUAUCACAACGACAUUAUUUGAGGCAGGGUUCGAACUAAUUGCCAUCCCAGAUGACGUCAAGGGGAUGAAAGCUCCACUUUGGUUGGAAGGAGGAUGGGAAGACCUUGAGUUUUACGCUAAGAUUGGAACGUACUGUCCCCCUCAGUACUCGGACUCAGAGGAUUUGACUAUUAAAGCCAUGGCUUAUGUAUUCGCGCACGCAUCUGGUACUUGGUUAAACAUGAACAAUUCGCUUCACAAGAGAGAACUCGGUUUGGAUAUAAACGUUCUUGCCGAUUUCUGGGAUUCUGGCCUUGCCAAGGGUUCUGGUGACUCUUUGAGGAAGCGAGACUGGGAAAAAUUUGUGGGCGGAACCUGGAUUCGAAGCGAUUCCAACGUGGCUCUUGUGGGUGCCCUGGAUGCCUUGAGUGAAGCAGUUCAGGGUGGCUGUAGUUGGAUAGUGGGCACAGGUAGCACUGCUAUCUGCGCAAAAAAUGGCAAUGAUCAGGCUUGCAUCGCAUGGUCCGGUGACUCGAAAUCUCUUCAAAUGUGUGCCGCUAAGCAAAUUUUGGAAAGCUGUCGGGCUGAGUUUGGCGAGGAUGUUGACAUCAGCGCCCAGCUACCGGGAGGAUUGGAAAUCAAUAAUGAAAACCGUUCUGACCAGCAGGUUUGCGUCAGUAACAGGCCAGACGGAUGCUAA